CCUAGAAUAAUAAGGUUCUAUCUGACAUUUUUGUCAAAAUUGAGUUAUUUACAUAUUCCUAUUCUGGCAUAACUUGUGAACAUUAUUUAAGGUGUUUUAAAAAAAAAAAAUACAUUUUGGGUGUUUUUUUUCUGAAAACAAAAAGGUUCUAUCUACAAAGUUAUUCUCAGACUUGGUGUUAUAAGGUUCUAUGUGUGGCCCAAUCAUCUUUUGGAAUAUUCAUAGAAGGACCAAUCAAAUACUGUCUUUUUAUUGUGCCAGGAGGCUGUCUAUUUCCCUCCAGUAGGCUAGGCUAUUUAGAACUAAGCUGGAAAACUGGAAAAAUGUCUCGCAAAACUGAAGCCAAAUUUAAUCGUAAUUUAAGGGUUCAUGAUUUCCUGGAUGAUCUAACAAAUAACAGGUGAGUUAUCUUCUUAAAAACACUUUUGUUUCAAUUUUAGUUGAGGAAAUUGUCUAGUUGAGGGAAUUGUCAUUGUCAUUGUCAUUAAAACCUGACAAAUUAUUAUUAUUCCUGUGCAGUAUUAGCUGAGGACAUAAUCACUAGCUACCAAAUAGGAUAGCGCUAGCUAGCAGUAACUAGUCUUAGAACAUGAUACUUAUUAAUCAAGUUGGAAAUGAUGUUUGUUAGAAAUGUAUUGGAUAUGACUGAAUUAACAGUUGCAUUAUAGGCUUUCGAUUUUGCUGAGGUCAACUUUUAGAAUUAGGUCAUGUUAGCGAAUGCUAGCGCUAGCUAACGCUAGCUAGCAGUAACUAGUCCUAGAACAUGAUCCUUACUAAUCAAGUUGGAUAUUAUGUUUGGCUAAGAAAAUGAUUGUAUAUGACUGAAUUUCCAUUUAUAGUUGCAUUAUAGGUUUUCUUUUUUUCUGAGGUCAACUUUUAGAAUUAGGGCAUGUUAGCUAAUGCUAGCUAACGUUAGCUAGCGCUAGGCUCAGCAUAAUAAAAAUCUGAUGUUUGACAAGGCAUUGUUUGUAUGUGACUAUUUUUUGCCCUAAUGGUGUUGUAAUGUGUUUGUAGAGAGGAAAAUGCCAGGCGGGGGAAAAAGAAAAGAAAGAGAUCACCUGCUGGAGGGACUGGAGCUUGUAAAAAGGCUUGUGACAUGGAGCCAGAUGCUGGGCCAGCUAAAGAUGGAGUGAGGGCAAAAUUUGCAACCCCGGACCAUGGAUCUACAUCUGAAGAGCUGGGGACUGUGGAGGACAUUUCUGGGAUGCUGGUGGAGGUAGCAGCAGUUGAGCAGGAGUUGGGGUCUGCAGACAACUUGCAUGUGAUUGUAAAAGAAGAGCUGGGGGCUACAGACAUCAUGUUUGGGACUGUAAAGGAGGAUUUGGUUGCGGCAGACAUUCUGGUUGGGACUGUGGAGGAGGAGUUGGGGGCUACAGACAUUCUGGUUGGGACUGUGGAGGAGGAGCUUGUAGCUGCAGAGGAGUCAGGCAUGGCAGGAGAGGAGCUAGGGGGCACACUUACCAACUCAGAACCAAAGAAAAAGACCAGAAAAAGAGCAUUAAAUCCAUCUACAUGGAAAGCAAAUAUUCGCAAGAGGCUACAUCAAGAGGGCAAAGAAUACACUAAUGCAAGCAAUGCAAAAGUUCCAGCCAAAAAAGUAAGGUCACAAAAAAACUGUGCUCUCUCUUGUAAAUUUAAAUGUGCACAGAAGGUAACCCCUACUGAAAGGGAACAAUGUUUCUUAGACUACUAUAAAUUGACACAAAACAGGAAACAUGACUACAUUGCAAUGACAACAGAAUGUGCGAUGAAAGAAAGGCAAACAUGCUGCGAAUCACAAAGAAAACGCACAUUCUCAUUUAAAUACUUCCUGAAUGUUGAGAGUGAGAGGAUUAGAGUGUGCAAAUCAUUUUACCUGGGCACACUGGCAAUUAGUCAGAAGCCAAUUUACAACACACAUUUUAAAAAAAACCAAACGACUGGCAUGCCAAAACCUGAUUCUAGAGGGAAACAUGCAAAACGUGGGAUAGAUCUCCAACUGAAAGAGCAGGUCCGGGAUCACAUCAGGUCUUUCCCUGUUGUUGAAUCUCAUUACUGCAGGGCUAGGACAGAGAGGCAGUAUCUGGAAUCUACGCUCAAUCUGUCCCGAAUGUAUGAUCUUUACAAACGUAAAUGUCUGGAAGAAGUUAGUACACCUGUAAAGGAGUCUUUCUAUAGAUUCAUUUUCAACUCCGAGUUCAACAUCAGUUUUCACAUUCCUAAAUCAGAUAGGUGUGAUCGGUGUGAAUCUUAUCAGACAGCUCUUGACCAGAAUCUUCUUAGCCAAGAUGCUGAGAGCACACAGAAGAAACACAUUGCCGACAAAACUGCCAUGCGCCAAGAGCGUCAGGCAGAUAGGGAUGCUAAAAACACAUUAGUAGUGUGUUUUGACCUUCAGAAUGUUAUAAACUGUCCACGUGCAGAGAUCAGUUCUUUUUUCUACAAACGAAAACUGAACUUGUACAAUCUUACAGCUCAUAGCUCUCUAUCAAAGAAAGGCUAUUGUGCGAUAUGGACAGAGGGGAUGUCAGGCAGGGGGGCUAACGACAUUGCAAGUGCCUUUGUUAAAAUUUUAGACCAAAUUAUUCUUGAUCACCCAGAUGCCACAAGCAUAAUUACAUGGAGUGACAGCUGCGUGCCCCAAAACAGAAACUCAAUAAUGGCAUUUGCUAUGGCAGAAUACUUGACACGCAAUACUAAGAUACAUCAGAUCACAAUGAAAUAUUCUACCCCGGGUCAUUCUGCUGUACAGGAGGUAGACAAUAUGCAUAGCCAAAUUGAGAAGGCAAUGGCGCUCUCUGAAUUUUACUCUCCCGUCUCAUUCUUGAGAUUGUUACUGAAAGUCAACAGGAACAACCCGUACCGAGUAAUACAGAUGAGAGAAUCAGAUUUCUUUGACUUUCACGCAUGUUCCAAAAUGUUCAAGUACAAACAGGUGCCAUUUUCGGAAGUGUGUCAGCUCGGAUUUGAUCAGUGCCCAUAUAAACUUAGCUAUAAAAAAUCACAUGCUGCCCAUGCUUCAGAGGUAACAUUAGACAUUAGGGGGCCGAGUAAAACUAGAAAGUUGGCACCUACAUGUACGCUACCAAAGCCAAGAAGGCUUCCUAAACAGGGCUGUAUUCCAGAGUCAAAGAUGAAAGAUUUAGAGUCAAUGUUCAGAUUCAUGCCCCAAACAGACAGAGAGUAUUACUGUGCUAUGAUUAAAUGAUUUUCCUUUUUAACUGUGGAUGAAUAAGUGAAUAGUGAUGUAUGUGAAUAGUAAUUGAUACUAUAUCUAUUUUUAUUGCAUGAAAUGAUUUACAAAUGAGCUCCUUAGUGUUGAUGAAUAAGUGAAUAGAAUGUGAUGUAAGUAUGUGAUGCAUAUUAAUUGUAAGUGAUACUAUGUAUAUUUUUAUUGCAUGAAAUCAAUUUCAAAUGAGUUCCUUUUGAGGUGUUGAUGAAUAGGUGAAUAGUAUGUGAUGUAAGUAUGUGAUGCAUAUUAAUUGUAAGUGAUACUAUGUAUAUUUUUAUUGCAUGAAAUCAAUUUCAAAUGAGUUCCUUUUGAGGUGUUGAUGAAUAGGUGAAUAGUAUGUGAUGUAAGUAUGUGAUGCAUAUUAAUUGUAAGUGAUACUAUGUAUAUUUUUAUGGCAUGAAAUCAAUUUAAAAUGAGUUCCUUUUGAGGUGUUGAUGAAUAGGUGAUUAGUAUGUGAUGCAUAUUAAUUGUAAGUGAUACUAUGUAUAUUUUUAUUGCAUGAAAUCAAUUUCAAAUGAGUUCCUUUUGAGGUGUUGAUGAAUAGGUGAAUAGUAUGUGAUGUUUGUAUGUGAUGCAUAUGAAUUGCAAGUGAUAUUUAUAUUGCAUGAAAAUGGUUUUCAAAUUAGCUUCUUUUUACAGUAAGUAGCCUGGGUUUGAAAUACAGUGUUCAUAAGCAAAACAUCUGAAUGAGUACUCGUGUUCUUCUGGCAGUAUUGAUAUACUGUAGGUGUAUUGUUGUAUGACGUGUUUCACAUUUAAAUUGUUUAAAAAAUAUUUGAUAAACUAUCAAUAAAGACUGAUUGUAAAUAUU